AGGGGAAAACAAACGCUUGUUGCGUUAAAUCCAGCUUACUCGCAGGAGAGCGGAUCCAAGUUCGAAAGCUCGUUUUGCCACCCAUCCUAGUUCCGCUUCCCCCUUCUCCACCCAACGGCGUCUCCUCGCGCCUCUUCCAGCCCGGGAAGUGGGUUUAAACACCAGUUAUGGUGACACGGACGAAGGCCUACAAGACCCGAGAUGCACUGCGCGCCGUACAGUUAGGCGCUGCUUCCCAGUUUUAGUUGUCGCUGCUUUGCUGGUGGCCGGACGAUCUUCGCGGGAAUAAUGGAGGGCAGGGAGUGAAACCUGGAGGUGGGCUCGACUGGCUGAUGAUAGAAACGCCCAGAUUGGCAGUCAUAGAUUUGAAUUCUUGUAUUUUGCUGGCAUUGUCAUCACACCAUAAUACCAAACGAUUGGAAGAAAGGAAGAAUUGCUUUUUUACCUGAGGGCAAAUUUAAGAAAAGCUAAUACUGAAUCUAUAAACACAAUGGUGCUCAAAGAAUGUCGCUCCCACUGAAUACGGGACAAAGCAAUUGCUAUAAAAGCAGUGGUAAUUUUAUACAAUGGAGGAUUCUGUAGUCCAGCUUCGCAUCUUUGACCUCAAUUGCUGGGCUAUUCGUUACCUGAGCAAAUUGCGGCGAGAGCGUGUUGCAUUGAUUGGGGAUGUCCUUAACCAGGAGAGAUUUGACCUGGCACUCUUACAGGAGGUGUGGAGUGAAAAAGAUUACCUCAUGCUGCAAAAGAAACUGUGUAUCCACUACCCUUCUUCCCACUAUUUCAAAAGUGGAGUGAUCGGCAGCGGUCUCUGCAUCUUCUCCAAACAUCAGAUCCUGGACACCUUCUUGUACCAAUAUUCUGUGAAUGGUUACCCAUACAUGUUCCAGCAUGGAGACUGGUUCGGUGGCAAAUCUGUGGGUCUCAUAGUGCUAAAGAUCCAGGGCAUUAUUUUCAACGUCUAUGUGACUCACCUCCAUGCUGAAUAUUGCCGAGAGAAGGAUACAUACCUGCCCCAUCGAGUGGUUCAAGCCUGGGAACUUGGCCAAUUCAUACAGCAUACCUCCAAAGGAGCUGAUGUGGUGCUGCUUGGCGGGGAUCUGAAUAUGCACCCAGAAGAUGUUGGCAUUCGGCUAUUGAAAGGAUGGACAGGGCUGCAAGAUUCCUUCAUAGCCGCAGAGAAAAUUAAAGGCUGUGAAGAUGGCUGUACCCUUGUGCCGGCCAACUGCUACAUCAACAAGAAAGAACUGCAGUAUUAUCCCCAGGGGAUUCGUAUUGACUACAUUCUUUAUAAAGGCUCAUCUCAAUAUGAUAUUAGAUGCAACAUUCAUGAAACUACUACAGGAACCGCUCCUGGCAAGGAUUUCCCUUACUCUGACCAUGAAGCUGUCAAAGUGACACUCUCUGCAGUCCGAUCAAAUAAAAGUGAAAACAAUCUUCCGGUUGAGCCAGUUCUGGUAGAUGUCUUGAACGAAGCCCGUCUGGAAGUGCAAGUGGGGUUACAUUCGGCAAAACGGCAGCAGUACUUCUGUGGCCGCAUGGCUGUCCUGUCUCUUCUCCUGCUGGUCAUCCAAGGAGCCAUGGCAAUGAGUUCCAUGUUUGGUGGAACUCUGCAGCAGCCCUUCCCCAAGUUCUCCUUCUCUUUGCUCAGUCUACUCUCUGUGUCAAUCCUGCUUAUCUCAGCUGUGCUGUAUCUCUUCCACAUCAUUGAAGUGAAGGUGCUGCGGGGAACAGAGGAACAGAUGCGGGUGGGGCUGCAGACGCUCCAGGAGAAAUUCAAUAGCAGAGGAAGAGAAAGCAGUGUUAUAAUUGUUCCCUCUCAGCUCUGAAUGAAAGUAGGAGCAGCGUCUUGCAAAACAGGAUUCAACUCUGCAUGCAAAUAAAGAAGUAUGAUGGUUUGUUUUUACAGAUGAGAGUCAUAUGCUACGUUUUGUUCUUGCGUUGAUUCCAGCUUAGGAAGUGAAGCCACUGUUCACAGUUCUUAUAUAAUGUUAUGUUUGCUGUCCAAGUUUGUUUAAUCACACCCACAAGAAAGUAGAACCAAGCAUGGGCAAACAAGCAGCAUCAGCCGCAAAAUGCUUGUCACAA